AGUUCAGUAGUUAACGCGAUUUCAACGGGUGCGGUUGUAGGACUAGGCCAGUAGUAGUAGUCAGAAGAAAAGUGCGCGAUCGUGACGUCACCGCGCGACACCCCGUCCAUGCGUACGCGAGAGUGAGAUUGGCGAUGCGGGGUUUUGUUGUUGUUUCUUUUCCUUGCCGUUCGAUUUUUAUCGGUUUGGACGGCGGUUCAAAAUCCCGAUGCGAUUGUGACGUUCCCGAAAUAGAAUCCUCCUCGUGCCGUUGCUAAGAAUUUCGAAAAUCAUAGCGUUUUCCUCCGACGCACGAAGCAAACCCCAAGAAAAAAAAUAUUUUCCUCAGUCACGUGAUUUUUUUUCCUGUCGCUUCGACCAAAAGCUUAGCAUCCUGUCCAAGUAGAACACACAUAGCUGGUGAACGCGCUUUGGCCGGUACUGGACUGACACUGGGCGAUAAGAAAACGAAGAAACGCGUGCGCGUCUCGCGGACGACUAGACUAUCGCCUUACACUUACGCUGGAGCUCGCCACCCGUUCAGUACCCAGUCGUCGCUUGCUUGGAUCGGAUGUGCUCGGAAACGGCUUGCUUCGAGCACCGAUUGUUUUUGGGCAGAACUCAUCCAGUUGAGAAGCAACAACCAAAAUAAAAGGAAGAAAAGGAAAUACGAGACACAAAAACAAAACGCAAACUAUGUGCGCCUACUGCGACCCCGCGAGAUAGUGUGUGAGAAGGUUAACCGUUUUUCGAAGCAGUGCGAUUUAGUUUAGUGAGUUUUGUGAGGAACACGUGUGCCCGUGUGAGUGUGUGCAAGUGUGCAACGAAAUGACGCAUGGUCCGCCGGCGCGAAAGCGCCCCCAGAAUGGCUCCACGACGGCCGCCGCCGACACCGACGGAAACCGAAUUCAGCCGGAGAGCAGCCUGCCACCCCCGCCGGACGGUGGCUGGGGCUGGAUGGUGGUUCUGGCCUCCUUCUGCAUACACAUCGUCACGGACGGCAUGACCUACUCGUUCGGUAUUUUCUACGUCGAGUUUCUCGAUUACUUCAAGGAAGGGAAAGGCUACACGGCAUGGAUUGCUUCGAUUCUGGUCGGAGUGACGCUCUGUUCGGGUCCCGUUUCGUCCUCGCUGGUCAAUCGGUACGGCUGCCGGGCGGUUACGAUAGCCGGUUCGGUGCUAGCUUCGGCCUGUCUGGCCGUCAGCGUCUACGCCCGGAAUGUCUUCACGCUGUUCAUCACGAUCGGUUUCGGUACCGGACUGGGACUCGGUUUGAUCUACCUACCGGCCAUCGUCAGUGUGACGAUGUACUUCGAACGAUUGCGUUCACUGGCCACCGGAAUUGCGGUGUGCGGUUCCGGACUGGGUACGUUCAUCUUCGCUCCCGUCACGGACAUACUGAUCACGAAACUUGGCUGGCAGAACGCUCUGCUCGUUAUGGCGGUGAUUGUACUGGGAACGUCCGUUUUCGGUGCCAUGUUCCGUCCGUUAAAAGCCGUCGAACCACCACCGAUCGAGGCACCGAAAGUUGACGCACCACAUUCCAAAGCAGCAUCCAUCAAAGAAUCCAUCGAAGAAGAUGAGCACAGCCUUAACCGUUCGCAAAGCAUUGGAAAUUCGCCUAGAAUCGCUCUGGGAUCGAACGGCCAUUCCAAGAGUGGUUCAAACCUGAACCGCAAGUACAGCCAGGAAGAUCUUGCCCAAAGUCAACCGUUGGUUUCCCCGCCCGGCACGUUCGACCAGGUCACGAUCAAACGGGCGGAAAGUGGCACCAUGUACCGGAAGGAUGCCCUCUAUACCGGAUCGGUUCACAAUAUCGCCUCCCGGCACGCUUCCAGUGUCAGUCUGGCGAUGCAUUCCAAGGGAGGACCGUACGGAUCGCUUCAAGCCGGCGGUAAACCACUGGGCGGUGAAGAUGAGAAAUCCCUGUGCUGUGGGUGUAUUCCGUGCUCGAAGGAAACCUCCGACACCUACAAGGAGAUGAUGAACUUUUCGAUUCUGCGUGAUCCGGUUUUCAUCAUUUUCACCGUGUCCAACUUCCUGACCAGUGUCGGGUUUAACGUUCCUUACGUCUAUCUGGCAGCACAGGCCAACGCACUGAAUAUUGACACAAAGCAGGCCAGUUAUCUGUUGGGAGUGAUCGGAAUCGCCAACACAGUAGGCCGUAUUAUUUUGGGUUACCUUUCCGAUAAACCUUGGGUAAAUCGAUUGCUGGUUUACAAUCUGUGCCUCACCAUUUGUGGUCUUGCGACUGCCUUCUCCGUGCUGUGCCUCGAUUUCUACAGUCUUGCCACCUACUCGGCGGUGUUCGGUUUCACGAUCGGUGCCUACGUCGGCCUGACCUCGGUCAUUCUGGUCGAUCUGCUCGGGCUGGACAAGCUAACGAAUGCCUUCGGUUUGCUGUUGCUAUUCCAGGGAAUUGCAUCCUUCCUGGGACCUCCGCUAGCCGGAUGGCUCUACGAUUUGACCCUCUCGUACAAUCCGGGUUUCAUCUUGGCCGGCAGUGUGAUCGCCCUGAGCGGUGUUAUUCUGUUUUCCAUUCCACCGCUGCAGCGGCACCUGGCCCGGAAAAGGGCAACGGAAGCGAUUGCGAGGGCGGCUGCCGCCACCGCCGCCGGUUACGGCGAUAUUCCGUUGCAAGACAGAUGAGCCUUCGCCGCCCCUUCCCAUCGACCUACACGCUCAAGAACCAGAAAGUUUCCGCUUCCCUUGUUCGCCUAGUAUACGUAAUAUGCGCGCUCAAUAGUCUAAGUAAGACAAAUGAAACAAAACAAAACAAAAAGAAACACUCACAUCCCUGCGAUCCAAAGACCCGAGAGCUUGUUGAAGAACUGGACCAAGUUGUGAUAGCUACUAAGUAGGACACGAAUUUGCCUAUAUCGAUAUAGAAUAGCACUGAUACAGCAGAUACAGAAGAUGAUUUAGGACGAAGUAAUAUGACUAGAAGAAGUUUCGUAGGUUUAAGUCACAAAGUCAUCCAUCUAUUUUUCUACUCGUGCCAUGUUCGCACAAAAAAACCAAAACCUAGGAAUACAGGAUUAGAGCCGUUACUGUUCAAAUAGUUGUAGGAUUUUAUUUUGUUUCUAUAGGAAUUUAAGGAAAGCCAACGGCGGCACGUACGUAACAUAUCGACGAAAGUGAUUCGAGAGUGCUAUUUUAGACGGAAGCCGAGAUCGACGGACGGAACGAGAAACAAAUGCGCGAUGAAAGUUGAAUCGGAUGGCGAUUCCCCUGUUUGUGUGCUGCGAUGAGAAUGUACCGAAUCCAUGAAUUUACGCGACUAUUUACUAGCAACAAGAGGAAUGCGGCGUUAAAGCCGACAGUUUAUAUUUCUAAAAACAAAAACGUUAGUUAAUUAAAUUGAUUAUCAUAAACAUAUAAAA